CUUGCAAAUCAGCCGGGGGCGCGCUGAGCUAAGAGCUAGUGAGCUAGGGAGCUAACGGAGCAGGGAGAAAGGAAGCCCGGACGAUUCACAACACAACAGUAAACCAGAGCAAUCUGCACUAGUGCCAAAAAAGUAACUGAUAUAAUCUGACCACACACGGCAAAGGAACUCUCAUCCCUGAUGAACAUGUUUAGUGUCUUGCAAUAAUAAUAAUAUCAAAACACUACUAUACAGUCCAGGGCAGCAGUUCUUUUUACACUUCACUCUCAGCAAAAUGGAAACAGAAGCUGAGGUAAUCCCUAUUUGGCAAAAUAAACCACAUGGAUCAACUCGUAGCGUGGUGAGACGAAUCGGCUCGACACUGCCUCUUAAACCCUGUCCCAGAGCUUGUUUCCAGGAACUCCCAGGGCUUCCAUCAAUGCGUUCCAUGGACGGUCCUUUGGUGCCUACGUUGGCAGAUAUUGCCUGGAUUGCCGAUGAUGAGGAGGAGACAUAUGCCAGAGUCAGGAGUGACACACGUCCCCUGAGACAUGAGUGGAGGCCAACGCCACUGCUGGUUAUGCACAGGAACUCAUCUGUGCCAAACUUCAGACGAGAAGGCAGGCGAGUCGAGGGUCUGAGGAAACCAGGAGUAACCGCUUUAAACCGCACUACAGCUUUACAAGAUGAGCUGAGUCGACUCCGAGCCCAAAUCGCCAAGAUUGUCGCUGCAGAAUCGGAUUCGAAUCCCAUAACCCCUGACCUGCUGUCGCCCGACGACACUAGUGUGGGUUUCUCCAUGGCUCAUUUUGAGACUGCUGCUUACCAGCCAGCUCCCACAGCCUCAUUUGUCAUCAGUGAUGUCACAGAGGAGGAAGAAGAGGAAGAGGAGGAGGAAGAGGAAGAGGAGGAGGAAGUGUCAGAGCUAGUGCCCGAUCCUAUGCCACCAGUUUCAAUGACUGCAUCUGCGACUUUUGAUCUUGAUCGCCCUACUAUGGACUUCCGAGAGCCAGAGGAAGACACUGUUUCACUUUCAAAAUCAACAAGCUUCGCUGAUGUCAUGGACAUCCUGAAAGAUAUGAACCGCAUGAAGAUGAGCAAGGACAGAUAUAACCGUGGCUGCACCUCACUGAGGGAGGAGGAUUCUGCCUCUCUUAUAUCUGAAGCAUUGAGGAAGAAAUUCAUUCUGAAGGAUGAUGACAUCAGUAUGAGGAAAUAAUCCAUCAUCUAAACCCUCGCAGCAGACUCUCCAUGUAAGGCUAAACCGCAUGGAAUGCUUUUCUCUUUGGUUUAAAGUUGGAGAUUAAGAUACAAAACCAAGAGAAUAAAACCUAGCUGUGAAUUUUAUGUACUUAGGUCUUAUCUUUUUUUUUCCUACCGGGUCGGAAGGCCCAUGCCUGUGGACCAUUGCCGUGAAAAACCCCAUAAAGCCUCUGAUUAAACAUGGACAUCAUCUGCAUUCCUCAGCGCUCCCACAAUGCUGCGCUGUUGUUAUACGUCUGGAAGGAAAAGCAGUUCUCGUCAGCCCACACACACACACACACACACACACACACACAAGUUUGUAGUGUGUGUGCACAUAACGAUCCAUAAGCAUAGCUUUGGUCAGUGAUCACUUAGCGUUUGUUGUUCCAUUUUAGAUUUUGUGAAAUCCAAGCACUGCUUCCUGUUUCACCAUCAUCGUAUCGUUGAUUUCAGUAGGACCAUAAAACUUUCAGAUCCUUCAGCGAGCAACGAUUUUACACUAUUAUUCAAGCCAUGAAACCACAGAAGAGUCCCGGAGGAGCCCAGUUCCAGUUUAUCGUCUUGUAGAUGUAUAGUUUGGAGCUGUAGAAGUGUUUCUCUUGCCUUACACGUUCCCUCAUACAAACCCUGUAAUACUUGAAGCCGUUUUAAUGCGUGAUCUGAUGUUACAGUACUGACAUGCGUUUUGCCUCUAUUUAGAGACUAAACAAAAAGACGUUCUUCUAUUUAAAGGGUUUUUGUGCGUGUGCAUGUGCACUGAAGACUUUGGAUUGUGUUCACUUGUAAUUAGCGCUCUGUAACGUUCUCUUCUACCCUACAGACAUUUGAAGUGUAUAUUGCGCCAGAAGACUGAGUUUGAAUUCUUAACGCGUGUGGUUUAUCUUCUGGAAGUACAUGAGGAAAAUAACUUUUUUUUUUUUUGCUUGUGUCAGGCAGGUUGUAAAUGUUUCUGUAAAAUCUGAACAGCAUGUGUGAUGUGGUUGUUGGGGUCGGGUGCGACUGUAAGCCGGUUUUGAGGACGCCUCAUGUUUUAUAUGACGAUGAAGGAUGCCGCUUUUCCUUUUGCAAAGUGUAACAAGAAGCUGUUUUAACGCAUACGCUGCUUUUUUUUGCCACGAUUGCUCACCAAAGUGGCAAUCAAACCCAAAAUGUGUUUUUUAUUUGUUUCACAUUCUUGUUUAGACAUGCUUGCAGCCUGUUUCCAUCGGUCUGACACGUUGCAUUAGAAGAGAUUGUUUGGUGUUUUGAAUCCAAAAGAUUUCUUCUCGUUUUCCGCAAUACUCCAGUGCAGUGAAAAUACUCCAGCUUUUAUAGUUACCUACACAGCGUCGUUAAAAGCUAUGACUACCUAAAAUAAUUUUUGUUAGUUUACAGUAAAAAUGACUUUAUAUCAUUCAUGAACAAGAUUGUUACCAUCAAUGCUAAUGGGUGAAUAGAGCUGUAAUAUCAAGUGUAAUAUCUCAUGCACUGAACAUACUAACAUAUGUUCCUGUACCUGUCAGAUGCAGGUAAAAUGCGUGUGUGCUGCUCUCUCAUCAUGACUGCUGGGUUUCAUUCAUAGUUUUAACCAUAGUAAACACUGCAAGUUUACUUUGAUUCAGGUCAAUCUUGCAUAGCCACAGUUUUUUUUUAGGGGACAGAAACUUGUGUACUUGUGUGUUUGCUUUUUUUUGUCAAAUAAAGGAAUUCUAUUGACUGUUGCUUAUGCGUAAGGCAGGAAAUAAAUGGUUUAAAAGAAUUAAAUAUCA